GGAAGUGGAUGUUUGGAUCGGACUGAUUUUGGUCUAUUUUAGCGUCUAUAUUUGACUCAAUUGUUGUGUUGAACACGUCUACCGCUCAAAUUCAUCUACACCAGAUUACUGUGAUUCUUUAACAGACGAGUCUUUGUCUCCGUCAUGAUGUCGAUUAUUAUCACUUUACUGGUGAAUCUCUUCAUAGAGACCUCUGUGUCGUUGACUGUAGUGGUUCCUGGUGAUCCUAUAGUGGCUCAUGUGGGAUCCACAGUGAUUCUGCCCUGCUGGAUCUCUCCUGCUGAGAACGCUGAAGCUCUGGAGAUCCGCUGGUACCGUCAAGAUCAGUUCAACAACCCUGUUCUCCUCUAUAAUCAUGGGAAGAUCCAGGACGUCCAGGAGGAAUCGUACAGGAACCGAAGCUCACUGAAGCCAUGGUCAGAUCAGUCUGGUGGACUGAAGGGUGGAGACGUCUCUCUACGGCUGGAGAAACUCACACUUCAGGAUGAAGGUUCGUAUCACUGUUAUGUGAGUGGAGACAGAGAAUAUGACAGCCGGGAGGUGGCUCUCAGCAUCUCAGGUCCAUGGAAGGCUCUUUUCUUCAGUGUUCUCAUUGUUCUCAUUUGUUUGAUUCUGGGUUUGGUUGGGUUCAUCCUCUACAAAUACAGAUUCAAACUAACAGGAAAAAAAACAGAUAAAGAAAGCUGUGAGGAGGAAACUGUGGCAAAACCAGCUGUGGGAGAAUCUGCAGAUAUAAUAGAAGCACUGAGGAAAUAUGCAGUUCAUUUCACUAUUGAUCGUCAGCAUGUUCAUCCAAAACAGAGAGUUUCUCAGGAUGGUAAAUCCAUGAAGGAUGCUCCAAAAAAUAAAUACACUGGAGAGGCAUUUCCUUACAAAUUAUAUGCAUUUGGAGCCCAAAAAUAUUCCUCUGGUCGUCACUAUUGGGAGGUAGAGCUGACACAAGAAAAUACACCUCCAAAAAACUACUGGAUAAUUGGUGUGAUGAAAGAGGGAAGUGUGGUUUCAAGAGACAGAUCUGCUUUAACUCCAUCAAGGGGUUUCUGGUUCCUGUGUUCAGACGGUCCUCGUGGCUUUUACAUCAACACUGAUCCACCAGUUAAACUCUCUCUGACACCGAGACCAGAGCGACUGGGAGUUCUGUUAGAUUACAAAAACGGUCAGCUGUCAUUUUACAACGUCACUGAGAGAAAACAUCUCCUGACCAUCAGCUGCAGAUUCUCUGGAUCAGUCGUUCCUCUGUUCAAUCCUGGAGCUGGUGAUCAGAGUGAGCUUAGAAUUCUGGAUUGUACAAAACCUGAAGAACCAGCUCUAGAGUCCAGUCAGCCUUUACUGAGUCCGGUUUCUACACCAGAUGAGAGCAGCACAGUGCAACACGCCAAACAUAAACAAAAAACAAAAAAACAAAAAAACAAAUCAGUAAUACUGUCUACACUGGAUGAGACAUGAUGAUUCACGGCAGAAAACUGGACAGGACUGGACUUUGUAAUACAUGUGUUUUCUAAAACAUAUUUGUACUGAUAAUGAAGUACACUUUGCUUUGAGUGAUUGAUCUCUAUUGUUAUUUUGAUAAAAGACACAAUAAAUAAAUCAAUAAUCUAAAUAUUGUGGACUUCAUUCAUCCACUAAAAAUGACCAAAACAAGCUGAUUCAGAAUUUAUCAUUUGUAAAUAGUUCCACAAAAUAGUUCCGUUUUUUUUCAUCUUU